AUGGAGCCAGAAAUUGACCCAGCCUCCCUCUUCCGGCCGGGCAAGAGGCGGAAGUUUCAGCGACGCCGGCCAGAGGACAACGACGAGGAAUCGCCUUCUGCGACAGAAGAUGUUGCUCGUGUUUCAGAAUCAUCUACACCUCCGUCCUGGCAGGAUGCCCCAAGCUCUGUCCCCACAGCAGAGAUUCUUCGUUCGCGACGGCUUCAGCGAGCUCGAAAGGGUGGCGUCGAAUUCUCCGCCACCUCGCGGCCACCGGCCGGUAAGAAUAGUCAAACGGCCAUUUCAACCCUGGCGGAGGAGGAUCAAGAAAAUGAAAGAUUGCGAGCAAUGUGCGAUCGAUUCACGACCCAUACUGGCCAAACGGUUGAUGUUGACAAGCAUAUGAUGGAUUUUAUAGAGUCUGAAAUGGCUAAGCGAUACCGGCGCGAUAAUUCAACCGAAGUUGCGAUGCAUGAUACACCUUCGGCGACUGAACCGAAAGCGGCUGCUCUGUCUUCUACUGACCUUCCCCAACGCGAACCGGCGUCUCUUGGGAAACUGCACGAAAUUGAUCUUGGUCACGAGACUACGUUGCAGAAUAUUGCCCGUACAGAGGCAGCGACGAAGAGACUCGCUGGGGAUAGCGAUCAAAGCCCUCCCACCGAGCAGAGCUCCGGGCCCAGGAUGGCCCCGGUAAAUGGGGACCAGAAGACGUGGCGCAAUCGGAAACGACGGACGAGUGAAGACAUUGAACGAGAUCGACUGGUGGAGGAAGUAUUACGGGAAAGUAAAUUGGAUGUCUACGAGGGGCCAGAAGAGGAAGGUGACGAAGCAGUGGGUGAGGAUGGGCAAGCGGCCGAUGAUAGGGUGGCAGAGCAGUUCAGAAGGGACUUUCUCGAUGCCAUUCAAUCCCGGCGUCGUGUUGCGCGAGCAAGGAAUACGAAGACAACCAAGCCCGAGGCUCCGCGCGGGCCCAAAUUGGGAGGCAGUAGAAGUGCCAGAGCAGCGAUGCGGGAGAUGCAAGAGAAGUCUACCCGUAAAUGA